GUGACAGCGGAGGUAUUCCAACCAUCGUCAAUCAUUCAGCCGCGCCAGAUGCAAUGGUCACUAUGCAGAGUCCCAAAAAAUCGGGGAAGAUCCCACCCAAAUUUCAGAACUGUAUGGUCCACCGAGUUUGGAAAGAAUGCAUCCUCAACAGGACACAGUCCAAAAGGAAUCCAGUUCCCGCUACCAAUAUGGAGGAAGAGGCCCCCGCCAACUGUGUUUCUUGGGAUUUUGUGGAUCCAGCCCAAAGAGUCCUUUGCUCUUGUUCCAGGCACAAACUCCUGAAGCAGCGCUGUGCUGUCGGCUCCAGUCGUCCGCCCACGAUAUCCCAGCCGGGGUUCGGAGGGGGCACCUCGUCCUCUUCCACCUUGCCCCCUCCUGCCUCUAAGCACAAAACCACCGAGAGGCAAGAGAAGUCGGAGAAAGUCCAGAAGAGGUCGUUGCUGCCAUUUCACCACCGUCCCUCGGUCACCGAAGACCUGUGCAUGGAGCAGGAUCCUUCGGGACAGAAGCUGCCCUUGACGGGGGUGGAACCUUCCUUAGAAGCUGCAAGCAAUAGGAAGUACGAGAAGCAGCUCUCCCUGCCUGCCCGACACCCCAGCAAGCCAGCCAAUUCGAAUCCUAUGGAUUCCCCCCGCUCCCCCAUAUCUCCUCUGCCUCCCACCCUCAGCCCCCAGCCCAGGGGGCAGGAAGCCGACGCUUUGGACCCGUCGUCUGAUCCUGGCAACCCAACCCUCUACAGCAAUGGAUUGGAACUUCAGCCGCUGGGCAGCGCCGAGGAUCGGACAGUCCUGGUGGGCCAAAGGUUGCCCCUGAUGGCCGAAGUCAGCGAGACGGCUUUGUACUGCGGGAUCGUGCACCGCCGGGAGUCGUCCAACAGAUGGCAGGCGUACUCUCUUCCUCUCCCCAGCGAUCUGGAAUUCAGGCCUCCGGAGCUCCAGUGUGAGAUCCACGACCUCAGGAUGGAGGUGGCGUCGGAGAACAGUCCCCUGAAAAGGUUCUUAGCACAGCCUAACAAGAGGUUUAAAAUCGUGGAGGAGACCCUACCUGUUCCAGCAGUGAAUUCUGUUGCAGAUCUGCAGCGCAUGUUCCCCACCCCGCCUUCCUUGGAGCAGCACCCGGCUUUUUCACCCGUCAUGAGCUACAAAGAUGGCAUCAGCUCAGAGACUGUCACCACGCUGGGGAUGAUGGAAAGCCCGGUGGUCAACAUGGUGGCGACUCAACUCACCGAGUUUAAAAUGGAAGUGGAAGACGGUUUGGGCAGUCCGAAGCCGGAAGAAGUCAAGGAUUUUUCCUUCGUGCACAAGGUAUCCAUGUUCCAGCCCUUUAUGGGUUCUUCUAUGUUUGCCCCGCUGAAGAUGCUCCCCAGCCAGUGCCUGCUCCCACUGAAAGUCCCCGAGGCCUGCGUCUAUCGGCCUUCGUGGGCCAUUCCUCCCAAAAUCGAGCAGCUUCCUUUGCCGCCUGCAGCUGCUUUCAUCAGAGAUGGUUACAACAACAUACCCAGCGUCGGAAGCCUGGCUGAUCAAGAUUAUCUUCAAAUGAACACGCCACAAAUGAGCACUCCGGUCACGCUCAACAGCACUGCGCCCGCCAGUAACAGUGGGGCAGGGGUCUUGCCGUCCCCGGCCACCCCUCGCUUCUCUGUCCCGACCCCACGCACACCCAGGACUCCACGGACUCCGAGAGGCGGGGGCACCGCCAGCGGGCAAGGGUCCGUCAAAUACGACAGCACAGACCAAGGCUCGCCAGCUUCCACACCCUCCACCACCCGGCCCCUCAAUUCUGUGGAACCGGGCACCGUCCUGCCCAUCCCGGAAGCCCACAGCCUCUACGUCAUGCUCCUCCUCUCCGACUCCGUGCUGAACAUUUUCAAGGAUAGCAAUUUCGACAGCUGCUGCAUAUGCGCCUGCAACAUGAACAUCAAGGGCGCCGACGUCGGGCUGUACAUCCCCGAUUCGUCGAAAGAGGACCAAUACCGCUGUACUUGUGGGUUCAGCGCCAUCAUGAAUCGCAAGCUAGGGUACAACUCGGGUCUCUUCAUUGAGGACGAGUUGGAUAUUUUCGGCAGGACUUCGGACAUCGGCCAGGUGGCCGAAAGGAGGCUGAUGAUGUGUCAGAACACCUUAAUCCCUCAGCUGGGAGAAGGCGCCAAAAGGCUCCAGGAGCCCCCCGUGAGUCUCCUCCUCCUCCUUCAGAAUCAGCACACCCAACCUUUCACCUCCCUGAGCUGCUUGGACUACAUGUCGGUCACAAGUCGGCCGGCGCUGUCUUACACGAACUGGAGUUACGACAGGGUUCAGGCGGAGAGCCACGACUCCUGGAACGAGUGCUUUAACGCCCUGGAGCAAGGCCGCCAGUACGUGGACAACCCCACGGGUGGGAAGGUGGAUGAAGCCCUUGUCCGAAGUGCGACCGUUCACUCUUGGCCUCACAGCAACG